AUGGCGUCGUACCUCGCCAGCAUCUACGGCACCGAGCAGGACAAGGUCAACUGCUCCUUCUACUACAAGAUCGGUGCAUGCCGCCAUGGCGACCGCUGUUCGCGCAAGCACACCAAGCCGCCGUUCUCGCAGACGAUCCUGGUCUCCAACGUGUACCAGAACCCGCGCCAUGCGGACCCCAACUGCUCCAUGAGCGACGAGGAGCUGCAGAAGGACUUUGACUCGUUCUUCGAGGACUUCUUCUGCGAGCUGGCCAAGUUCGGCCAGCUGCUGGAGAUGCACGUGUGCGACAAUGUUGGCGACCAUCUCAUUGGCAACGUGUACGCCAGAUACGACAUGGAGACCGAGGCGCAGGCGGCUGUCGAUGCGCUGAAUGACCGAUGGUACGCUGGUCGGCCGUUGUUCGCAGAGCUGUCGCCCGUCACAGACUUCCGUGAGGCAUGCUGCCGGCAAAAUGAGACGCAAGAAUGCAACCGCGGCGGCUUCUGCAACUUCAUGCACCUGCGCUACGCCUCGCCUGCACUGGUCCGGGAACUGCAUCAUGAGCUCAGCGUGGAACUUGCAUCGCGGCGGCGAGAGGAGGAGCGCGGCUCGCGGCGCAGCGGUGGUGGCGGCGGCGGAUGGAAGGACGAGGUGGGCGGCGGUGGCGGCGGCGACUGGCGCUCGGCACCGCGCGCAGCCGACGCCGACUACGACCGACGAAGCGCGAGCCCAGCGCGGCGCUGA